AUGUUUUCCCGAAAUGUGUUGCAGGCUCGACUAUUCCAUCCCAACUAUACCGUCGCCGAUGAUCCCUAUUCGUAUCCAACACCGAAUAUUGAACCGGAGCAUUUCUGGUCGAAACGAGAUGAUGUUAAAAAAGUGCGUCGACAAGUACUCUUUCAAUGGGUUUUUGUCUCCAUACAAUUAUGGAUACUGAUAUUUCUGAUGGCUGCAUUAUAUUUGGGACAAGGACGUAACCCAGAUGGAUAUACACGCAAUUUGGAUGUACUAGUUGUAAAUUUUGAUCAAGAGUUAGCGGGUGACUUCUUUAUUGAUGCAUUUGAGCAAUCAGGCCCCGGAAGUCUGACACUUCAUUGGCAUUACCGGGCGCCAUCCGAUUUUAGUUUUGAUCCAAACAAUACACGAAUGGAAAUAUUUUACGAAGAAGGUCGAAAUCCGACUGGCAUUAACAAUUACAUGUUACCGGCGAUACGCACAGCCAUUAUGGUUGCCAGUCAAAGAUAUGGACAAUACUUGAGAUCGACAUUAAUUCAACGAAUAUUAUCCGCAAACGACAACGCUAUCAUUCUCAACAGUUCACUGAUCUAUCUAACCUCUUAUCUCUUACCCCUGUUAUCGAACCCAUUGAAUUAUUCUCAAAUGAAUUUUCAUCCAGCUCAACCGUUUAUCGGACAAUUGGCAACUACUCUUGGGUACAUUUAUUUGUAUCUGGUAUCAGCGAUGACUGUAGGUGCGGCUUUCGGUCUUUUCAACCCGCUGAUUGGUAAAAUCACUGUCUGGGAGCUGGGUACCUACCGUAUAUUAAACGGGGUUUUUCAAGCACUACUUGUUUCACUCAUUUAUUCUCUGAUUGUGCUCUGGUAUUUCCAUAUUCGAAGUCAUAUUCUCUUCUUCCGUUAUUGGAUGUUCAACUGGUUAUCGGCAUUGCUGUUGGGUGUUUUUGUGGCUCUGUUUACCACUAAUUUCGGUGCACUUGGUCCCGUUAUUCUUGUUGCUUCCUUUAUUUUCAUGUUGUCCGGAGCCACAAUACAAAUACCACUGGAAUUAUCGCCACGAUUUUUCCGCUACGGAUACGGUCUACCAUUGUAUCACUCGGUCAAUGGUGCGCGACAUUUACUCUUUGGAUCUUAUUCCCGAUUCGGUGUUGAUAUAGGUGUAAUACUGAUUUAUUUGUUUGUGUUUCUGUUCGUAAAUGUCGUAUCAAUCGCGAUUCGAACGAAAAAAUGUGAGCAUGCAAUACAGCAGGAAAUCUUAUUCGGAAAAAAUGACGAUAAAAAAUAAACGAAAGAAAUCAACUUUAAGAACUUCACAAUGUAUUGCAGAAAAGUACGAGAAAUGAGGUGUGAAAAAUUAUCGAAACCACUUUUUAUUCAUGGCAAGAAGUCGACAAUUUUUAGAGAAACUGGCAAGAAGAAUACGCUCAGUCCUUAAUUUCUGAUGAAGCCGAUUUUCAUUUUAUUUUUAUUUAAACUCUUCUUUAUUCUUGUUUAAUCUAACUAAUAUGAUUUAAUUAAUGAUUUAUUAGCUUGUUUUGUGUUGACAUGAGCGUUUUAUUCAUGUAAAGUAUGCGAAUUGAUGCAAGAAUAAUCCCUUGCGGCAGAAGCGCUACAAAAAAAGUCAUAGUUCAACAUUCAUUUUGCAUUUAUUUGGUGCAAUACUUUUUAGAACUUGAUGAUUAACAGAGCUUUCUUCGAAAACAUGAUGCAGUUAUUUUCUGGAGACCUUCUCCACGCGAUAAUCUUUAUUCCCACAUUGUUUGUUGAUAAUAAUGUUAUAAAUGAAAAGAUUAAUGUUAUGAGUUUAACAAUCAUUAUUUUAAAAUUUUCAUUUAAAACAGGAGCUUUCGAUUACAACUGUAGUCAUUGUCAGCUACAUGUAGACGAAAAACACUCACCAG